AUGGAGAUCAAUGGUUCAAGUGGUGCGAGUGCUGGUGGCCCAUGGACGCCCUCGAGCUGGAAAACCCGCCCGAUCGUCCAAUCAGUCACCUACAGCGACACACACUCCUUCGACACUUCCCUUCAAAAACUCAACAAACUCCCACCCCUCGUCACGCCGCGAGAAAUCGUCAAGCUGAAAAACGAACUCCGCGAAGUGGCUAGGGGCAAUGCCUUCCUCCUUCAAGGCGGCGACUGCGCCGAGCUCUUCGACUACUGUACCCAGGAUAUGAUCGAGGCCAAAGUCAAGCUCCUGCUCCAGAUGUCCCUGGUCUUGAUUUACGGCGCGAAGAAAAAGGUUGUCCGUGUGGCGCGCAUGGCCGGCCAAUACGCCAAACCACGGUCCUCGCCCAUGGAAGUCGUCAACGGCGUCUCCAUGCCCAGUUUCCGAGGCGACAUUCUGAACAGCUACGAAGCGGACCCCGCGCUUCGGGAACCAGAUCCCAAGAGGCUGGUCGACGCGUACUUCCACUCGGCCGCGACGCAGAACUACCUCCGUGCAGCACUGACGAGUGGGCUGGCCGACCUCCACGCCCCGCUGGAUUGGAGUCUAGGCCACGUCCGCGACCCCUCGGUCCGGGACAACUACCAAGUCAUUGUCGAACGGAUCACCGACACGCUGGAGAUGAUGCGGACGAUCGGCCUCGACACCGGCGGCGGGCUGGAGACGGUAGACCUGUUCACAUCGCACGAGGGUCUGCUUCUCGAGUAUGAACAGGCACUGACGCGGCAGUUCAAACAUCCGACGAAUUACCACCACCAGCAGCGGCGUGACGUGCCUCGACCCGUCUCACCGGUCGCACAGCAACCACCAAAGAGUCGGAAAACAUCACUGCCAACGCAACUGCCCCCGCCUUUACCCCCGACGAGAGGCUACUACGACACAUCCGCCCACAUGGUCUGGGUCGGCGACCGCACGCGACAGCUCACGCACGCGCACGUCGAAUUCUUCCGCGGCAUCGCCAACCCGAUCGGCGUGAAAGUUGGCCCCUCGAUGCCGCCCUCGGACCUCGUGCCCCUCCUGGACAUCCUCAACCCGGGCUGCGAAGUCGGUAAGAUCGUCCUCAUCACGCGGUACGGGUGCGACAAGAUCGCCGCCCACUUGCCGGGACAUAUCCGCGCCGUGCAAAACUCGCGGCACCAAGGCACCGUCGUGUGGCAGUGCGAUCCCAUGCACGGUAACGGACGAAACGCCACGGUGACGAUGCCCCCGGAUUCGACCAUCAACGGCUCCACGACGGCCGGGUCGGGGUCCACGACGAUCAAGACCCGUCGGUUCAGCGACAUCCUGUCGGAACUUCGUCAAGCUCUGCAGAUCCAUCGCUCCCACGGCAGCUAUCUUGGCGGCAUGCAUCUGGAACUGACGGGCGAGGCGGUGACGGAGUGCGUGGGCGGUGCAGAGGAGCUCACCGAACAGGAUCUCAGCCUGAAUUACGCCACGUUCUGCGAUCCGCGGCUGAAUGAGAAGCAGGCUCUGGAGCUGGCUUUUCUGGUCGCGGGCUUCUACAGGGACGUGAGUGGUGGAAAGUAG